ACUUUGCCCUGGAGGGACUGUUACAGGAAGAGUCCGGAGCGCUGUGGAAGAGGUGAGGACUUAUUACCUGAUGGAAAUCUUUUAGGAGGGUGACAUGGAUCAAUCGAAAAGAAGCAGUGAAGUCCAACUCCCACCGCCCUACUCUCAGGACGAUGGCCAACAGAACACCUAUGGUCAACAGAACACCUAUGGUCAACAGAACACCUAUGGUCAACAGAACACCUAUGGCCAACAGAACACCUAUGGCCAACAGAACACCUAUGGUCAACAGAACACCUAUGGUCAACAGAACACCUAUGGUCAACAGAACACCUAUGGCCAACAGAACACCUAUGGCCAACAGAACACCUAUGGUCAACAGAACACCUAUGGCCAACAGAACACCUAUGGCCAACAGAACACCUAUGGUCAACAGAACUACAGUUCUCCCCACUACGGUCUGAACGUUGGCCCUGGCAACAUAGCGGUGGUCUCACCAGCGGGUCAGUAUAACGACAUGGGUCAGGGUCAUCCUGAGGACCAACAACAACACUGGGCUGCUCCACUACCACCUGACUAUUCCACCGGGCUGGAGGACACCGGCUGCUUUGAUGACAAAGCCAUAAGAAGAGGCUUUAUAAAGAAGGUGUACCUGACUCUGAUGAUUCAGCUUCUAGUCACCUUUGGGAUCAUCUGUGCCUUUCUGUAUUGGGAGGCUCUGAGGCUCUGGUCUAUGAGGACCUAUUGGUUUUCAUCCUGCAUGAUAGCAGUGGUGCUUGUCAUCAUCAUUUCCUUGUCCUGUUGUGUCAAUGUACGUCGGAAUGUCCCGCUCAAUUUCCUGGCCUUGGGACUGUUUACCACUGCAGAAGGUCUACUGCUGGGCUCUGUGACUGUGUUCUAUGAGGCGGAAGCUGUUAUGUGGGCUGUGGGCGCCACAGCACUGGUCUCCCUGGCUCUGAGUGUCUUCGCCAUGCAGUCCAGAUGGGACUUCACCUUAGCCAGUGGGGGCUUGUGGGUGUUCUGUUGGACUCUCAUAUCCUUUGCAUUGUUGUGUGGAAUCAUGCGAUCCCAGUACCUGUACAUUGUGUACGCUUGCCUGGGAACCUUGCUAUUUUCUUUGUACCUGGUGAUGGACACUCAGCUCAUACUGUGUGUGUGUAUAUAUAUAUCUCUCUCUCCAGUACCUGGUGAUGGACACUCAGCUCAUACUGGGCGGAAAACACAAAUACAGCAUUUCACCAGAGGAGUACAUCUUUGCUGCUCUCAACCUGUACCUGGACAUCAUCUCUCUGUUCACCAUGCUCCUGGCACUCAUUGGACUCAGCCGUUAACUGAAUACGCUGUUGUCACGUCAGAUAGAGCAACAAGCCACCUGCCCUGAUGUAGUUGAG